GAGGAGGUGUGGUCGUUGUGUUGUGUACUGUUUUGUUUUGAUUUGUUUUUGAUUGCUAUUAAACCAAUUAAGCAUUCAGUAUGAAACUUAUUUGUGUGUGCAGUGUACUUCUAGCCAUAGCUAAUAUAGGUUACUCUAUGGAAUGUUAUGUGUGUGAAAACCAAGAUGAUAACACGGGAAAGUGCCUAAAAACAAUAAAAACAUGUAAUCCAGAUGAAGAUAUGUGUCUCUCUGAAAUCAAGUGGGGAACUCAGCCUUACUGGUCGCCGGGUGCAAAAAAGCAGUAUUACAUCUCGAAGCGGUGUGCUACCAAGAAGCAGUGUGAGCGCACUCGCAAGGCGUACAUGGGCACUUGCACUCACAUUUGGUAUCAGGACUGGAAGUGCGCCGAGUGCUGCGCCGGAGAUCGUUGCAACUACUACGUCAUUACGGGUAGCAGCGCUGUGAAAUCCAGUCUUCUUGUCACCGCAGCCUCUGUUGUUGUUGUUUUAUUCUUCUCUUUUCUACACAAGCUGUGAAACACUGCCUUCUAGAUAUUGUGUCCUUCCGUCCAUCAACACGAUCAAUAUCAUGACUAAUUGCAUCGAUAUGAUCAAUAUCAUGACUAAUUGCAUCGAUAUGAUCAAUAUGAUUCUCAUAGGUGUUAAACGUUCAUUGUAUUUUUUAUUUUUACAAUAAUUAAUGUCCGUCCACUUUGUUGUAAGAUACUAUUUAUUUGUGGGAUUUUUUUACAUAUUUUAAAAUGAUUUUAUAAUUAUUGUAUUUUAAUGUUGUUGACAACAUAAUAGCGAACAUUAGAUCAUUUAGUUUAUAAAACGUUAUAACAUAUAUUACGCCUCAUUGUUAAUGCUAUUUGUUACCAUUUUAUGAUCUUUUCCUUUUUAAGAAAAUCAAUGAAUCUAUAUUAUUAUACUGACAGGAGAAGUGUUUACGUAUAUUUUUAAACAUGUUCACAUUAAGAUAUAUUUCAAAUGAGAAUUAUUGAAAUACAGUAAUUUAAAGAUUAGGAUUUUAAAUGGUAUUAUUUCUUUCAACACUUUAAAAGUGUGUACAAACAUAAUAUAUUUUAGUGCCUUCCUUGUAAUUCUUAUUUUAUAUAUUUGUAUAUAUGUGUAUGAUGAAAUGAAGUUAUAUUAUUUUAUAUUGAUUAUCAGUAGCCUAACGUGGACUGGUUAGUAGUCACUAUGUCCUGAACAAAUUAUUUUUUUAGGAUCUAUUUUAUUUAUUUGCAAAAUGAAUAACUUUCUUCUGUUAAGAACAUAUUAAUCUGCUCCAUAAAACUACAGUAUUAGAGAAAGUAAUAUUCUUAGCUUUUUUGUUGUAAUUUUAUUAGUGUAUUUUAAUUUUUUACGUGUAGCCUAUAUAUAGCUGUCUUCUAAUUGAAUGUAUUUUUUAUAUUUGUUUUCUCAACAACUGUUUUUAGUAAAAAGGUCUUAUAAUAUUGCGCACAAAAUAAUGAAAACGUUUAGAAAAAUUUCCACAAAUGUGCUUUUGAACACAUAACACACUAUAAACUGAGCAACUUGAGCACAAAAAGUUAAAUAGUUUGCACAAAUUAAUUUAAACAGCUCUUUGGAUUUAAAAAAAUCCCCUAUUAGUUAAUAAAACAAGUUUUAGAUGUUGAAAUAAUUACAAAAUAUGAAUAAAUCACUAAUGUAGUAAUUAAUGUUUAUGAAAAUUUUGUUAAAACAAAGAUAUAAUUGAUUGAACUAAUACAAUUUGUUAUAUUAUAUUGUAGGUUUUUUUAAAUAUUAUAUUUUCAAAAUUUUCAAUUUUAUUUGCUUGUGAAUUAUGUAUGUAGUGUUUAAAUAAGCCGAACAUUUUAUUUGUGACAUUUAUCAUUCCACAUAUUUUUCCUAGUAAGUGCACUUACUUGUGUUUUAAGUGUGUAUUUUAAGCAGUGUAAGUGUGAUGUAUAUUGUAUCAAAGAUUGUACAAAACAAAUCAUUGUGUAUCUGUACUAAAUAUCCAGAGCUUGUCUUAGUUUUUAUAUAUUUACAUAAUUAAUUGAAUACAAAUUUUAAUUUUUGUACAAAGA